GGGAUGGUCACAUAAAUCAGAUUCCUCCCUCUGGGAUCUUCAUUUAGAGUCUAAGCAAGUCCUGGGGUCUGUUGGAGGGUCCUCUUCCUGAGCAGAAGUGCACAUUUGUUUCUCUACUGGGCAAUCAGUAUGGUUCUAGCAUAUUCUCAGCUCUGACUUUGAGGCCAAAAUGGAAAAGCCAGGCUUCGUUUGGAGUAAAUAGGAACCAGCCCCACAGAUGUCCCAUGGAGACAAAAGAGAGAAUGGGGUCUUUUUGAAGAGUCUGCAGUCAUACCUGUCAAUUCUAACACAUCCUUGGGUAUGUUCUACCAACAGAGUAAUGGACCGUUUGAAGUUAUGUGUCUGUGGCAGGCAGAAAAUGCCCUCUCAAAGCUAUUGGUGUCCUGGAACCUGCUAUGGCUUCCUUGCCUGACUGAAGGGACUUUGCAAGUCUUAUGUUGAAGAGUCAGUCGGGGCAGGGAGGAAUUCUGAAGUAUCCAGGUGGGGUCACAUAAUAAGCGUAGGAGUCCUAAUGGUGGCAACACCUUCCUCUCCACAAACAGCCGAACAGUAGAAGCUGAGCUAAAAGUUACUAUGUUGCUGACCCAAUAUGGAAUGUGUGCAGCCAUCACAAGCUGAGAAGGCUGGGCCAUAACUCUUCCCCAAAGCCCAGAAAGAGAGGCAGCCCUGCAGACAACUAGAUUUUAGUUUAACCCUGUGACAUUUCCAACCUACAGAGCUGCAAAUAAAUGUGUUGUUUGGGGCUGGACCACCUUGGUGUACACCUUAAUCCCAGGACUUUAGUCAAAGCCAGCCUGGUCUACAUAGUGAGUUCCAAGUCAGCCACUACACAGUGAGACUCCCUCAAAAAACCAAACUAAAGCAGAAACGGUGCUGUUUUAAGACAGUACAUUUAUAAUGAUGUGUGUGAUGGCUUGUGUAUGCUUGGGUCAGGGAGUGGCACUAUUUGGAGAUAUGGCCCUGUUGGAAUAGGUGUGUCACUGUGGGCUUUACUACCCUAGUCCUAGCUCUCUGGAAGCCAGUAUUCUGCUAGCAGCCUUCAGAUGAGGAUGUAGAACUCUCAGCCCUGCCUGCCCCAUGCCUGCCUGGAUGCUGCCAUGCUCCUGGCCUGAUAAUGGACUGAACCUCUGAACCUGUAAACCAGCCUCAAUUAAAUGUUGUCCUUAUAAGAGUUACCUUGGUCAUGGUGUCUGUUCACAGCAGUAAAACCCUAAGACAAUGUGUUAAGCCAGGAAAGAGAAAGCUGAGAGACCACCCAUCCCUCAGCUUGGGAAAGACAUUGCUUUGACUGACAGACCAGGGCUGUGAAGACAAAUCACCAACACAUCUGGCAGCCAGCUGCACUUGGAUGCUGCGACCCAGCAAUUGACACGGGAAGAUGAAGGAGACAGAGGUGUGAAAAGAAAGUUCAGAGCAACUCUUACACAGACUGAAAGCACACAGAAAAACAAUAUAUAGAUAUACAUCGACAUUUACCAAAUCUAAGUUUUGCCAAAAACAAAAAAACAAAACAAAAAAAACCAAACAAACAAAGGAAAACCCCAGUGAAACCAGAAAACACUUGGUUCUCAGUAAAGACAAAGCUAGUUCCGUCAAAUGUCUCAGCACCUAGUCACACACACCUGGGAACAGCAGGGUUAAGAAUCACUGAAUUAGCCUCAUCAGGGAAGCAUUUAGAAUCAUCUUUGUGCAGUGGGCGAUGUUUAAUACAGAGUCCCAGAACUGGUCAAUGCUCAGAGAUUAAGUAUCUGGGCAGCGCUGGACCAUAAAUGAAACAUCUAUAUUACACCCCGUCCUCCAAGACUCCUAAGAGUGUUCAGAUUCUAAGGUCAAAGGCUGGGGGGAAGGGUUGAGGGUAAACAGUUUUCUGGACAAGUGGGGGUCACGGCACUCUUUAACUCACACAUCUGUGGCUGCCUGCACACGAGGUCAGCAGACCAAAGAGAAUGGGGUUGGGGGGUCACAUUAGUCCUCCUUGGCUGAAGAGCUUAACCGCUGGUAGGGGAGGAAAAGUCAGUUUUCUUUCAAAGUCUUACUCGGAGAAACAAUGUAGCAAGCUCCCUGGCAGGUGGAUGCGUGCUGCUAACACAGUUCAGCACUGAAAAGUCUCACCCCAGUGUGGACGGUGACAGGUUCCAUAGCUGCACAAGAAUGGAGUCCCCCUCUCGGCUGACUUCCUCCAGUCUAUAUGUUUUAGCACUUCCUGAGGUAACAUUCAAAUCAUGAGCAAAGUAAGGUGGGGGUAUAGGAAGGCCUGGUUGCUAUCUCAGGUGAGGACCGAAGACCUCCCUCUCUAUGAGGUAAGUUAAGUACUUACCUGUUAAGUACUCACAGCUGUCCUGGUGAAGAUGUAAUGGCCGCUCUGCUCUGAGGACGGUGUUUUCUGUCUGCCCCUUCCUCCAGCUCCUCCAGCCUUUCCACCCACCCCUCCACAACAUCCCUUGACCCUCCAAUGGGCCGAUACGUAUAACUGGUGAUUUCUUCCUAAUGAUUGGACCAUCAUGGUACAGCAACAGUCAUGCCAGCAUCUUCAACAAAUAUAAACAUCUGUGGUGACAAUCCCCGAAGGGAGCGGCUGGUGGCUGGAACAGGUGUAGUCAGGAGGCCAUUUGACAGGUGCUUCCUAUCUGUUCAACAACAGCAGUAGCUUUGCCACCUGGAUUUUGUGAGGAACCAUGAUUCUCACUUCAUAGUAAGAGUGCAGAGAUGAAGAUUAUUGAAGUCCAAGUAGUUUAAUAUGCAAAUUUGCAGUUGGGAGUCAGCCUUGAAUGGCAGGCCCACUGAUUGAGCGCAGACUACCUUACAAACUAACAAGUGAGGCGCCCUGCUUUGUGAGAAAUAACAAAGACACAAUCUUACAGGUUAUCCUGGUUUCACAGUCUAUCUUUUACUCAACAAACCCCAAGGGGAUUCAUCUCUAGGCUUUCACCCGAUUUUGAACCUUUGAGAGGCAUGACCUUGAGGUUUUUUGUUCAUUUGUAGCUGGGCUUAAACUGCUUCAAGACAUCUUUGAAAUUGAAGCAUCAGAUUCCUUCUUGUAAACUUCCAGCCAAUGGGAAAGCCGCUGGAGGCAUCCAGAACAGUCUGUGCGCUAUUGUAUGACAUCUUGCCUGGAAUACUAACAGCAUGGUACACAGAGUCCCCCAGCCUAGCCUGGUGUGACAAUUCCCCUUCAGCAGCCUGCGUAGUGCCUUCUAGCACUGUAAAAACCAGUUGGGGAACUUCCGGCUCAGUCCAUUUGAUUUCUCCAAGUCCUGCAACCACACUGUGCGGUGUUCAGUAGCGGGGUCUUAAAGUUUGUUUCUGGCAUGCCAUCAACAGCAGCGACACUUAUCUGUAUUGUUUUGGUGACCAAGAGCCCCUUCAGAAGGGAGAACACCCUGGGAAGAACUCCUCAGAAGGCGACACAGCCUAGGAAGCUGAUCCAGAAUUAAUACCCUCAAGGCUUCAGAAAAUUCAUCCGCGCACACAGGUCUUGGUGUUUCUAAUUAUAAACCACUGGGUAGGAGUGUCGUUAACAACUUCCCUAUGCUCUGAGAGUCCUGUCUAGUUGUCUUAGUCACCGUUCUUUUGCUGUGAGGAGACACCAUGACCAAGGCAACUUAAAAAAGGAAGGAUUUAAUUGGGGGCUCACUUAGUUUCAGAGGGUGAGUCCAUGACUAUCGCCAGUAGGUAGGCAUCUGUUGGAGCUACAGAUCCCCCCCCCCACCCCCCGGACCGAACCCAGGGCCUUGCGCUUGCUAGGCAAGCGCUCUACCACUGAGCUAAAUCCCCAACCCCAGAUCUUACAUCUUAUCCACAACCAGGAGGCAGAGGGCUGGGAAGACUAGACCUGGCACGGGUUUGUGAAACCUCAAAGCCCACCAGCAGUGACACACCUACCCCAACAACGCCCGCCGCACCUCCUGAUCCUUCCUAAACAGUUCAUCAACCAGGAAACAAACUUUCAAAUAGGUCAGGUAAUGGUGGUGGUGGGGAUCUCAGUCAAAUGACCACAAGUUGUCUCUUGAAAAAACAAAACCGAGAACAUUUUCCAUCUCAGCGUUGGAAUUACAGGUGUGACUGUGACUCCAGUCACUGCUCAAGAGUUUUUUGUUUGUUUGUUUGUUUGUUUGUUUGUAUUCAGGAAAUGCUCUGGGAAGAACAGGCUUCCUUACUCGGGGAGGAAAACUGGGAAGCCUUGAAAGAUUCUUCAACUGUUGUCAGCCCUAGCCAUGUAUUAAGAAGGAGAGGCUUAAAACGUGUGGAUGACACUAGCGUUCAGGGUCAGAAUUUAGGAGCAUGGUAAUAACCAAAGAUUCGUAAAUGCCUCCAGAGUUAAGAAUUCGGAGGCAGAGGUCGGCAGGGCUCCAGGAGUUCGAGGCCAGCCUAAGCUACAUAGUGAGACCCGUCCCGAAAGAAAAAGAUUCUGCUUUAUGGCUACCUUGGGGGUCACCGUUUGCAGUGUGGCAGGCAGGGAGGACUGCGAGUCGGAGAGCAGGCGGAGGAGGGCGGCGCCGAGGGGCCGGGACCAGGGCUGCGGCUCCGCCGGAAGUGCCCUCCCGCCCGCUCGCUUGCUCGCCCGGGGCGUCCUCGGCGGAGACCGCGGGGCGGAGCGGACCGAGCGCCUCGCUGCCCCGCAGGUUCUCAGCCCUGGUUCCAAGAUGAUGGGAUUGGGAAAUGGGCGUCGGAGCAUGAAGUCUCCACCCCUUAUCCUGGCUGCCCUGGUGGCCUGUGUCAUCGUCCUCGGCUUCAACUACUGGAUUGCCAGCUCCAGAAGCGUGGAACUCCAGACACGCAUCGUAGAGCUGGAAGGCCGGGUCCGCAGGGCAGCUGCAGAGCGAGGUGCCGUAGAGCUGAAGAAGAACGAGUUUCAGGGCGAGCUGCAGAAGCAGCGAGAGCAACUUGACAGGAUCCAGUCCAGCCACAGCUUCCAGCUGGAGAACGUCAACAAGUUACACCAGGACGAGAAGGCGGUUUUAGUGAAUAAUAUCACCACAGGCGAGAAGCUCAUUAGAGACCUUCAAGACCAGUUGAAGGCACUGCAGAAGAGUUAUGGCAGGCUGCAGCAGGACAUCUUCCAGUUCCAGAAGAACCAGACCAGCCUGGAGAAGAAGUUCUCCUAUGACCUGAGCCAGUGUAUCAGCCAGAUGAAGGAGGUGAAGGAACAGUGUGAAGAGCGGAUAGAAGAGGUUGUCAGAAAGCGAAAUGAGGCAUUAGUUUCCAGAGAUGACCAACGACAGCAGGCCCUCAAGCCUCAGGCCAAGUUGCAGGAAACAGUUCCGCCAAAGGAGCAGACGCCACAAGAGGAAGGGGAUGUGCCCAGAAACAAGUCCCAAGUACCAGCCCCCAGUUCAGAGGUGUGGGGCUUGAAGCCACACGUGCAGAACGAGGAAACCAAUGAGAUUCAGGUUGCCAGUGAGGAGCAUGGUCUGCAACUGAUGAAAGCCUCCAUCCAAGAGCAGGCGGCAGUGGAUGGCACACGUGUGGGAGCUGAGAAACUUGAUCAGAACAUACAGGUGCCAGGAGCCCUGUUAGCCAGGCCUGAGGAGGAUUCUCAGUUCCCUGAGCGGGACCAGCUUGUCAUCCGUGGUGGACAGGAGUCGCAGCAUGACCAGCUUGUCGUCCGUGGUGGACAGGAGUCGCAGCGUGACCAGCUUGUCUUCCGUGGUGGACAGGAGUCGCAGCGUGACCAGCUUGUCUUCCGUGGUGGACAGGAGUCGCAGCGUGACCAGCUUGUCGUCCGUGGUGGACAGGAGUCGCAGCAUGACCAGCUUGUCGUCCGUGGUGGACAGGAGUCGCAGCAUGACCAGCUUGUCGUCCGUGGUGGACAGGAGUCGCAGCAUGACCAGCUUGUCGUCCGUGGUGGACAGGAGCUGCAGCGUGCUGCAGAAGAAGGGGGAGACCAGCAGAAUCUAGGCGAUGACUACAACCUGAAUGAGAAUGAAGCAGAGCCCGAGCGGGAGAAGCAGGCGGCCCUGGCAGGGGAUGACAGGAAUCUAAGUGGUUUCCAUGUCUAAGAAGGCCUCAAACAGCCCCUCAUAGGAUUCUCUAUCUUUCCUCCACUGAAGGGAAACCUGCCGAUGGCAUCUCAUGGAUCACCUCCCACUGACUACCCUGCAGUCACUAUGUCCCACCAAGUAUACCCACUCCAGGGGCUAGUGCUUUACAAGUAAGUCAGCAAACUGUGCUCUCUUUUCUCCACCACUGCAAAUAGAACAUGCUGAAUCAACCUAUUUUUAUUAGUACUUUUCAUAGAAAUAUUCAACAACAGGGAAAAUUUGUAUAAUGUUACAACACUAGAGAUGUAUUCUUUGACUAGCUCUAAUUCUCAAAAUAUUUUACCAACUGUGCCACAACUACAGUAAAAAUGACCAAAAGAAAAAUAUUCCAGGACCUGGUAAGAUGGCUCUGCUGGUCAGAAAGGCUACCAACCUAACUCCAAUCCCCAGAGCUGACCUUUUUUUUUUGGUUCUUUUUUUCGGAGCUGGGGACCAAACCCAGGGCCUUGCGCUUCCUAGGCAAGCGCUCUACCACUGAGCUAAAUCCCCAACCCCGAGAGCUGACCUUUAAAAAUGUUAAAUGGUAGGGAGGAAAAUAACCUGGGGCUUGCAAGGCAGCCAGCAUGGAGACCCUAGUCAACACAUACCACCUCCUGGAAGCUUUGUGUGUGAUCAGAGAUUGCAUGUGCGCACACACAGUGACCCAACUGUAUGCUUUACAGAUGCAUGCAAGGCCCCGCUCUCCCAUCACGCCAGCUGCCGCGCUCUCACCAGUAGAUGUAGUAGUACUCGUGCAUGCUGUAGAGCUCCAGCUCAAAGCCGCUGAGCAGGUACUGGAUCAUAAUCCGCAGGCUGUGGUAGAGAACCCAAGUUCCUAAACAGGCCAGAUGCUGUCGCUGAGGCUCCUGCUUCAACAACAUAGUGUGGAGCGCUGCAUCGACCUUCUCUGCCUGUCAAAAUAAUUUGUUACAUUACAAUCAAUUAUGUAGACAGUGAGAAAACUUGAAAAUAUAACCCACACUCCAAAAAAGUAUUCCUUUCAGAUGUACUUCUGGGGAGGUUUACAAAGUUCUUACCCUGCAAUACUAGACAUUUACCCAAAUUACUCCUCAAAAUAAACAUUCAUUUUAAUGCAAGACAA